GGAAGCGUCAGUUCUAGAAACUCUCCUAGUUCUGGCAGAGCCGCCUAUUCUUCGUCACCUAAUCCAGUCACCUUCGUUGCUGUUCGGCUUCCGGCAACCGGUUUAUCUCAAGGUUCCGUUCUUGCAUUCCCUCCAAAUUCGGCGCAAACGAUCACCUUACUUGAGCCUAGCCGAGUAGAAAAUCACACCAAUACCUCUAUAUACGUCCACAACAAGGUCGUUAGUGCAAAUACCAGGUCACCAUUAUCACUUAAGCAGGAAUUGGCUCCUGUCAGUGGCUUGAAUGAAACGGUUUUAUCCUCCGUCCCGAAUGCUGCCGCCACUAAUAAGAUAUCUUCCUUUCCUUCAAAGCCGAUGAUUGGGAUGGAUCAUAAGACCGCUUUGAAUGCUGCAGGAGGAAACUCAUCUUUACACAAUUGA